UGUUGAACCUGUUAAGGUUACUUAUCCUGAUGGCAAAUGUUAUAAUUAUCCGGACCUCUCAACUCGUAAAAUGUCUGCUAAAGUUGAUUACAUAAAUGCAUGUGCGGGUUUAAAUUUAAAACCCUCAGAAAUAGUGGUACUAUUAAAUCGUAUGUCUCUUUUUGCCAAAGUCGAGAAUGACGACUCUAAAGAAAUUAUCGUUGAAAUACCACCGUCUAGAGCGGAUAUUUUACAUGCAUGUGAUAUAAUGGAAGAUGUAACAAUUGCUUAUGGUUUUAAUAAUAUUCCAAAAACUAUGCCAAGCAGUGCUACUGUUGGUAAAGCAUUACCAAUUAAUAAAUUAAGUGAUUUAGUAAGAAGAGAAUUAGCUUUAUCUGGUUGGACCGAAGUUUUGCCAUUAAUAUUGUGUUCUCAUGACGAAAAUUUUGCUUAUUUAAAUAAAAAAGAUGAUAAUUUGACGGCUGUAAAAUUGGCUAAUCCUAAAACAGCAGAAUAUCAAGUGGUUCGAACUUCACUCUUACCAGGAAUUUUGAAAACGGUAAGAGAAAAUAAGAAACAUGCAUUACCUAUUAAAGUUUUCGAAGUAUCGGAUGUGGUAUUCAAAGAUGAUUCGUUGGAAAGACGAGCACGAAAUGAAAGAAAUGUUUGUGCGAUUUAUUGUAGUAAAGUAUCUGGGUUCGAGUUUAUUCAUGGACUCGUAAAUCGUAUUAUGGAUAUGCUUCAUAUAACGCUUGUUCUUAAAACUUGUACUGAAGAUGGAUAUUUUAUUGAAGAAUCUACUGAUCCUACGUAUUUCCCAAAUCGUAGUGCAGAUAUUUUCCUUCGAACUUCUGAAAACACAAAGAAAAUUGGAAGUUUUGGUAUACUUCAUCCAAAAGUUUUAGAAAGUUUUGAAAUUAUUUAUCCUUGUUCUGCUUUGGAAUUUCAUUUAGGAGCAUUUUUGUAA